GUUCCAAGUGUUCUAAAAACUUGGCAAGCAGUGUGCAUGUAUGUGUAUAUGUAUAUAUAUGUAUAUAUAACAUGAAGUGAAGUUUGAUGUAUAACAACAAACUUCACUUCAUGUCUUUCUUUAUUAAUAAAGAAGAAGUGAAGAUAGUGAAGGAAAUUAAAUUUUUAGGAGUUACAUUCACACCUAAUCUCUCGUUUGAAAAACAUUAUAAAAAUUCACUAAGUAAAGCAAAAAUUGCAAUAAAUAAUUUAAUUGGUCUAUUCUGCAAGGCAAAAAUGAAGAACAUACGUAUACAUUUUCAGUUAUUUAAUUCGAUUGUGAUGAACUCAAUGGGAUAUGCUACCCCAAUUUGGAGCAUGGAAAAAUUUAAUGACUUUGAGAAAAUACAGAAUAUAUUCAUACGUAAGAUAUUCCAGCUAGAAUAUAAUAUCCCGGGUAGUGCCUUAAGAUUAGAAACACAUAGAUUCAGAAUAAAUACUAUACUAAUAAAAAGAUAUUUAAAGUUUUUACUAAAAAUUAUUAAAGCUGAAGAUAUAACAACAAAAUUGCUGUUCUUACUACAUCACAAAUCAAGGGAAACGGACUUAAGACGAAGUUGGAUAAUUCAGUUAUCGAAGAUAGUUAAUAAAUAUGGAUUUUCUAUUAAACUGUUUAUGGAUCGUAAUUAUGAUAUAGAGCAGUAUAGUAAAGAAAUAAUACAUAGAGUUAUGGAAUACUCUAUUAUCCAAGACGUGGAAGAUAUACGAAAACGAGAAAAUACAAGCUGGUAUGCAACAAUUUUAAAUUAUCCUGUAAAUAACAACUAUAUAUUGACAAAUAUAGCUUUUAACGUUAAAAAGUUUUUUAUACAGAUUAGGUUAAAUAAAUACGGAAUAAUUAUAAAUGACAAAUAUAUAGAUUACACCCAAUCUAAAUGUCCGAAUUGCACCAAAAAUUUAUCUAAAAUUCAUAUUUUAUGUGAAAAUUGCGACGAAAAGGAUAAACUACAAAGACUCCAGAUUGGGACGCUAGCUAAAUGUACUAGUGAGCUAGAAAUGUACAAGACAUUAGAUAGAGCAGAUGAUAACACAAUUUAUAAGUUGUAUAAUUAUGUUAAACAACUAAUUAAAUAAUA